UAAAACAUCACCAGACGUCACAAUAAUAAAUGAAUCGAGAAGGUAGAAAACAUCACCAAACACGUAACCGCUCAAAUUAAUCACAAAAUCAUCAUCGAAAACAAUUAAUCCAAUCCAAAUCGCAUCAGCGAUCAUUUCAUCCCCCAAAUUCUAGGGUUUCCGCCAUGGGAGACUGGCAAGAGCUCGUCCAAGCCAUCUUCAUCGGCCUCACCUUCUCCUUCCUCAUCGCGAAGCUCAUCUCCACCGCCAUCUCCUUCAGAGAGUCCGAUCCGAUCUCACAGACGCCCGAGCCGAAACCUAAAUCGGCCAACCUCGAACCCUGUUCUAGGGUUUCAGACGAGAAAGCGUCAGCUAACGACGAGGCUAGGGCCUCAGAUGACGAUGACUGGGAGGGGGUUGAGAGCACGGAGCUCGACGAGCUGUUCAGUGCGGCCACGGCCUUCGUUGCGGCGACGGCGGCGGACCGGAGCUCGGCGAAGGUUUCAUCGCAGUUGGAGUUGUAUGGGCUUUACAAGAUUGCAACCGAGGGGCCGUGCACCAAAGCACAGCCUUCGAUUCUUAACGUUUCGGCUCGGGCUAAGUGGAAUGCUUGGCAUAGACUUGGUGCUAUGCCUCCAGAAGAAGCAAUGGAGAAGUAUAUUGCAAUUAUCAGUGAGAUUUAUCCAUCUUGGGAAGAUGCUUCAACUAGUAAAAAGAAAAAUGUAGAUGCAAGUGAUUCUGGCAAUGCUGCAAAAGGCCCUAUGGGACCAGUUUUUAGCAGUUUUGUUCAUGAAGAAGAUUCAGACAGUGAUCUAAAGCUGGACGCCAUACAUGUUUGUGCCAGAGAAGGAGAAGCUGAAAAGUUAGUUAGGCAUAUUGAAAAUGGGAUACCAGUAAAUUCAAGAGAUAGUGAAGGGAGGACACCUUUGCAUUGGGCUGUAGACCGUGGCCAUUAUAAUGUUGUCGAGUUACUUCUGAAAAAGAAUGCCGACGUGAAUGCGAAGGAUAAUGAGGGUCAAACAGCUCUGCAUUAUGCCGUUCUUUGUGAGAGAGAGGCCAUCGCUGAAUUGCUCGUCAAAUACAAUGCUGAUACUAAUCUGAAAGAUGAAGAGGGUAACUCCCCAAACGAUCUCUGCAGUUCUUCGUGGACUUUCAUAUUGUCAUAGCAAAACAAAAUCUUCAUGGGGAAAUUCUGAAAAUUGACAUACUUCACGUAUCAUUCAAUAUAGCACAAGUGAAUUUUGUUUUUUGUUUUUGUUUUUGUUUUUAACCUAAAGACUAUACUGCUGUAACAGGGUGAUUUCUGAUUGUAUUUGCAAGAUGUCCUCGUGAUCAUCUAUUUAGUACUAAAAUUCUGAUGGGGAAUUUCUCAUCAGAUCAUCACUGUGGCGUUCUGUGGCAAUUUAUCGUCAUGAUACGUAAUUUCGUUU